AGGAAAACAUGCACUUACUCAAUAGAGAAUGCAGCCUCAGAUCCUGGCAAAUGGGACCAGCUCAUUUUUUCUUUUUGUUUAUUUUUGGAAUUUCCAGUUGCCACUCCAUUGAAAGGAUUAAAGAAUGUGGACUUACAUGUUCUGCGGGAGUUCACUGUAAAAGCAAAGAUAGAUUUUCCUUCUUCUGUCGGGACCCACCAAGCUCUCUGUUACCUGCUGUAUUGGAAAAUCUCAAAAUCUCCACAGCUAUGAAAUGCAAAAAGAAGAAUCACUGCUCCCUUUAUUUAAACAUUAACGGAACAGUUUCACUUGAUGAAAGAAUUCACGGGGUGGAAAUCUGCUCUUUCACCCUGAGUACACAACAGAAUCAGUGCACCAGCAUCAGAUUCUCAAGAACCAAAGCCAAGAAGACAGGAGUGAAAAAGGUACAUGUUCAGUUUAACUGCUUUGAAGUGGGUGUCGGGCAACAUGUUUUUGUGUCCAUGAGAACAGUUCCAUACUUCUGUGAUAUUGAACUGAGCAAAGAGUACCAUGUGGAAGAUUGUCGCAACAGUGUUUUGUCCAGUAGUAUACCUUCCUGUCUAGCUGGAGAGUUAGAUUUCAGGAUAGACGAAGAGAAGAAAACCAUAACAGUGCAUGUAUCAAAUAAUCUUGAAGAGUAUGACUACAAUGUACGCCUUUGUUUGAAACUGUACACCUGCCAGGACAUCAGUGGGGCAUAUGCACUGAUAAAAAUGGGAAAUUCUUCAAAAUCAGCCACAUUACCGUAUUCGGACAUUUUACCAUGUUUGUGCAUCGAGGGUUGGUCAGCAUUUACAGAUUCAAGACGGAUACGUCUUUGUCCAUUUAAGCAUGACACCCACACUCUCUGGGACAACAUUGCUUACAAUCCUAUGAGUGAAACUGUCUCCUGGGAGCCGACAUGUCCAGUUCCAGUCACCAUCAACCUGUGUUGGUUGGACGCUUCUAACGACAACUGUAUAAAUCUACCGGAGUCAUUUAGUUCAACAGUGAAUGAUCGGGUGUCGUACAUGCAGGUAGACACUCAUCCCCGACUCUGCAUGAAGUUUUCCACUGAAAUCGGUUCCUGGAUCAGAUGCCCAUUUUCUUUUGGACAAUUUCCAGGAUGGGACAUGAAUGUUACUGUCACAGAUGAGUUGCUUAAAGUCAGAAUCAUGUCGAAGGCCAAAGCAAAGUUCUCUGUGAUUGUCUGUAAGAGGACAAAACCCGAUGGAUGUGUACCUCUCCAUACAUUUGAUUUGAUCUCCCUGGGAACGUCUGUGAAUGUAAAUCUAAGUCUGACACGCGACUUGUGCAGUCCAAAUAUUUGCAUUCAGGGCUUAAGGACAGAUGUAAACUACUCGUUCCCGGUCCAGAUCUGCAAUAUAUCUUGCAAUGCGCUGCAACCACAUUAUGGCACUGAGAAAGUGGUGAUAGUUCUUAUAAUGGCUGCUGGAUUUCUCGUUUCACUCACCAUCGUUACGUUUUUGGGAUACAUUGCAUUAAAAGCUUAUUACCGGAUGAAAUGGCAACAGGAAAGCUUCCUCAAAAGAAAAGUAAAACAUCUUUCAUCAGAAAUAGCUUCUUCACUUGAGCACAGAUUAUCCAUCCUGUUUAAUAAAAAUGAUGAAUUAAUGAAUGGAAAUCAAAUUCUUCAGCAGAGUUUAACGUCACCGGGUCAUCAAGCGUAGACUGACGGAAUCUGAUUUUGCGGCUCGUGGACUUACUAAAUCUGAUCCUUGCAUGUGGACUUUGAUAAGCAACUAUCUCUGAAAGAUUGCUCUGCUGUUAAACAUUGUUUAAUUUGGAUUCACUAUUCCACAUGUCAUAUCCAAUCAUCCGUUUCCAUAAGCCAGCUAGUCAGUGUUUAUGUGUUAAUUGAGUGGUAGAGUAUGUAUCUGAUUUCAAUUUCUACCCA